AUGAAAGGAUUUAUUGUUAGUAUUUUAUUAAUUUCAUUAGCUUCAGCUGUAGUAAUAAAUGAAGAAGCCAUUAAGAAAGACCCAUUAUAUAAACAAUACAGUGAUGCAAUGAAUCAAAUUGAUAAAGCUGUUGGUGAAAAGGCACAAAAAGAAAUCUCAAAAAAAAUGAGUUUAAAAGCAAAGUUUAACCGAAAAAUAAAAUUACAACUUGCUAGAAAAGCCAAAAAAAUGGCAAAGAAAAUCGAGUAUGUAUCAAAAGUAAAGAAAAUGAAUAAAGUUAUUCGUAAAUCUAUGAAAGAAAUUAAACCUAACACUGACAUUAAGAAAGUUCUUCAACAAGUUAAAAGUCAAUUACAAUUAAUUGCUGGAAAAGAUACUAAAGCAAUAAAGAAAAUGAAUAAAUUAAUUAAAAAAUUUGACAAACAAAGUCAAAGAAAAGUUGCUCAUAUUGUUAAGAAACUACAAAAGAAAGUUCAAUUAAAGAAAGCCAAGAAAGCUGGACUUAAAAUUGGUCCAACUGAAAAGAAAUUAGCUCAAAAGGCUAUUAAAUAUGUUCAAAAAGCUAAUGAAAGAAUGGGAAAAAGUGAAAAAUACAUUGAACUUUCAUGUAAAAGUUCACCAAAAUAUUGUUCUUUCUUCAAGAAGUCAUUUGUUGUUGCUAAUCCAAUUGUCGUUUAAUUGAUUUAGCAUGAA